CAUAGCAAUGGCUCCACCAACUAACAAGAAAGAAACACAAGUUUUCCUAGGGGUCAUAGGUUUUUGGAGGAUGCACAUUUCUGAAUACAGUCAAAUUGUGAACCCUCUUUACUUAGUGACCCGUAAGAAGAAUGAUUUCCAAUUGGGUCCUGAACAACAGCAAGCCUUUAAACAGAUUAAGCAGGAGAUUGCACCCGCCGUGGCACUUGGACCAGUCAGGACAGAACCAAAUGUGAAAAAUGUACUUUAUUCCACAGCCGGGGAUAAUGGUCCCUCCUGGAGCCUUUGGCAAAAAGUGCCUGGUGAGACCCGAGGCCAACUGCUGGGUUUCUGGAGCCGAAGCUACAGAGGAUCUGAAGCCAACUACAUCCUCACGGAGGAGAUCCUAGCGUCUUAUGAAGAAACACAAGCAACCUCAGAGGUGAUUGGCACAGAAACACAGUUCUUCCUGGCACCCCGACUACCGGUGCUGAGCUGGAUGUUCAAAGGAAACGUGCCCCCUACCCAUCAUGCCACUGAUGCUACAUGGAGCAAGUGGAUUGCUUUGAUUACACAGCGUGCCCGAAUCGGACACUUGAAUCGCCAUGGAAUUUUGGAGAUUAUAACAAAUUGGCCUGAAGGUGGAAACUUCAGUCUGGCCGAUGAGGAGGAAAAAGAACAAGUGGAUCAGGCUGAGGAAGCUCCACCAUACAAUCAGUUACUCGAAGAAGAAACACGUUAUGCCCUCUUCACUGAUGGUUCUUGCUGUAUUGUAGGGAAGAACCGGAAGUGGAAAGCGGCUUUCUGGAGUCCCACCCGACAAGUGGCAGAAGCUACUGAAGGGGAAGGUGAAUCAAGUCAAUUUGCAGAGCUCAAAGCCGUUCAAUCGGCCCUGGACAUUGAUGAACGAGAGAAAUGGCCAAGGCUUUAUCUCUACACAGACUCAUGGAUGAUAGCCAAUGCUCUGUGGGGGUGGAAGAAGAUUAAUUGGAAGCGUGGAGGAAAACCUAUCUGGGCUGCUGAUUUAUGGCAAGACAUUGCCGCUCAGGUUGAGAAGUUGACUGUGAGAGUCCACCAUGUAGAUGCCCAUGUACCCAAAACCCGAGCUAAUGAGGAACAUCACAACAACAAACAAGCAGACCGAGCUGCACAAGUCAAGGUGUCGCAAGUAGAUCUAGAUUGGCAGCAUAAGGGAGAGUUGUUCUUAGCUCGAUGGGCACAUGAUGCUUCAGGUCAUCAGGGCAGAGAUGCCACUUAUAGAUGGGCAUGAGACCGAGGGGUGGCUCUAACUAUGGACACUAUUUCUCAAGUUAUCCAUGAUUGUGAGACAUGCGCUGCCAUUGAUGCUAGCUCAGCUGAUGCUAAGAAAAAACUCAGGAGCAGUUAAUUGAGGGUGAGAUAAGGAAAGGGUUUAAUUGUGCCAAGGCAUAGAUGUUACAGGACGUGCACCGUGGCUGUGCCUGAGAUGUUACAUUUUAUAAUACUAUCUGUCCAAUCCCAAGUGUGUUCACCCCGUAGCCUUUGCUCUGGUUCGCCCAGGGCCCACCUCCGGGGAAUUGGGUCUGGAGACUUUUUGGGACCACCUCUUCAUCAUUCUCAUCAUCCUCAGAGCACAAAGGGUACACGGUCACCCAGUUCUUGACUCUGUUCUGUUGUUCAGGCCAAGAUAUGAGUGUUCUCUGAACAGCAUAGGCCUUGCCUUGACAAGAGACUAAAUAUUUCUACUGAAUUCAGGGGUAGGAUUGAUAUAGGGAGCAUAGAAUGGGGUAGGAGGGUUGAGGAAUGUGUAAACUAAAGGGUGCUAAAGGGUGAGGAAUACAAUAUAGCUACUUCUAAAAUCUACUUUUACUAUAAUUACGUAUAAAGCUUAUAAAAAUUAGCAAAGUCAAAAAAACUAAAAGGGUCUUAAGGCAUCACAUUAAACAAGCAAAGAGAGUGAAGCCCCUGUGGUAUGGUGGAUGUUGGGAUAAGUAUAGAUAUGGGGAGGCUUGGCAGGUUGACUCUGUCGCACUGCCACAGACCCGCCAAGGUAAGCGCUAUGUGCUCACCAUGGUGGAAGCAACCACUGGAUGGUUAGAGACUUAUCCGGUGCCUCAUGCAGCUGCCUGAAAAACCAUUCUGGGUCUUGAAAAGCAAGUACUGGGACUCAUUUUAAAAACAAUUUAGUUACUACUUGGGCCAGGGAACAUGGCAUUUAAUGGGUAUAUCACAUCCCAUAUCAUGCACCAGCCACUGGAAAAGUUGAGCGAUGCAACGGAUUUCUGAAAACUACUUUGAAGGCAUUGGGUGGGGGGACUUUCAAAAAUUGGGAUCAGCAUCUAGCAAAGGCUACAUGGCUAGUCAACACUAGAGGCUCCAUCAACCGAGCCAGCCCUGCCCAAACAGAGCCCCUUCACACUGUGGAUGGAGACAAAGUCCCAGUAAUUCACUUGAGAGGUAUCUUAGGUAAAGCAGUUUGGGUUAACCCUCCCUCGAGCAAAGGCAAACCCAUUUGUGGGAUUGUCUUUGCUCAAGGACCCGGAUACACUCACAGGAUAAUGAGAGAAGAUGGGGAAACCCAGUGUGUGCCUCAAGGAGAUUUAACCUUGGGAAAAAACUAAUUUGUAUUCUGAGUUGUAUGUUGCAGGAAAAGUCACUAGACAAGGAAGACCUGAACUAAGCUGACAAUGGUGAUCAAAGAUGGGACAACUGUAGAAGACAAGACAUAUAAGCGUGGGAUAUAGGCGAAUAUAGGAUAUGAGUGUGACAUAAAAUGGUAUGGAAUAAGGGAUGGAAAUUGUAAUAGAUUUGUAUUUCUCCCUGCGAAGGAAAAAUGGAAAUAGUAUAGGUCAUUUGAUGUGUAUUCUGCCAAUAAGAUAUUCCAUACUAUGUUACAUCAGCCCAGAUAUAUAAACAGACAGAAGGAAGAGAGCUCUCUCUUCUCCUCCGGGUACUGAGUGAGGCGGUUUCAGGCAGUUUGGGGGAAGAAAAGCAUCGGUUGUGUGGGAAGUAUCUUUAUUUUUAGUUCUUCUUUGUAUGCAUAUUGCUUAUAGUGUUUUUCUAUCUUUCUGUAAAUAUAAAUAAUGUUU